GCGGACUGUCCCUUCGUCUUUGGACUGCUCUUUCAUCUUUGAACUGUCCUUCCACCUGCGGACUGACACCUCACCUGUGGACUGUCUGGACCGGUCGGUCCCGGGUCGGAGCCUUGGACUCUUCUGCCUGAGGUCCAUUCUGUACAGAAACUGGUCCAGUCUAAAAACUUCCCUGAAGGAUUCAAUAGAACUUGAACCAUGGCUGUCGCCGGCUGUCCGGAUUAUUUUCUACAUCAUCCAAACUAUCAGGACAACAUAGACUGCUCCUCCAAUCACAGACAGCCGGACCUCAUUCGUCCAAACUUCCAGCAGUCACCGAAUCAGAGUUCUCCGAACCAUCAAGAGGAUGACGUGGACUUGGAGGCCCUGGUGAAUGAUAUGAACUCGUCGCUGGAGAGCGUGUACUCGUCCGGCAGUGGUCCGCAGACAGAGUCCACCCCGCUGCUGCACAACGGCCAGAACUCCUGCUCACAUCACCAUCACACACAGAGCAACCAGCCCCGGCAGCUUCACACCGCACAGGUCUCCCCCGAGCCACCGCCUUCCUCCUCGCCAACCGCCGAGCCACCCCACACCGGCCUCCGACGCUCACAGCCCAUGCACAUCCUCGCCGUCAGGAGGUUGCAGGAAGAGGAGCAGCAGCUGAGGACGUCGUCUCUCCCGGCCAUCCCCAACCCUUUCCCCGAGCUCUGCAGCCUAGCAAGCUCACCUGUCCUCAUUCCUGGGUCUCUACCUCCAGGUGAAGCCCCUUCAGGCAAAUAUAUCGUGAAGAUCUUCAGUGAAGAUGGCGUUGGUAAAGUGGUGGAGAUCCCAGCUGACAUGACAGCCCGGGACCUGUGCCAGCUCCUGGUAUAUAAAAGCCAUUGUGUGGAUGACAACAGUUGGGUUCUUGUUGAACACCACCCUCUCUUAGGGCUAGAGCGUUGUCUCGAGGACCACGAGCUGGUGGUUCAGGUCCAGGCCUCCAUGAGCAGCGACAGCAGAUUUCUCUUCAGGAAGAACUAUGCCAAAUAUGAAUUCUUCAGAAACCCUCUGACGUUUUUCCCAGAGCACAUGGUUGCAUGGUGCCAGGAAACCAAUCAUACGAUUCCAGCCUCUCAACUCCUCCAGAACUUCCUUUCAGCCAGCAGCUGUCCAGAAAUCCAGGGUUCUUUGUACAUGAAGGAGGUGGGUCGCAAGUCGUGGAAGAAAGUUUACAUGUUCCUGCGUCGUUCAGGAUUAUACUGUUCAACCAAAGGGACCUCAAAGGAGCCCAGACAUUUGCAGUUACUGGCAGACCUGGAGGACAGCAACGUCUUCACGGUCACCACGGGCAAAAAGCAGCACGGUGCACCCACAGACUACGAGUUCUGCAUCAAGCCCAAUAAAUCCCGGGGGGAGAUGAAGGAGCUGAGGAUGCUGUGUGCAGAGGAUGAGCAAAGCAGGACCUGUUGGAUGACAGCGUUCAGACUCUUUAAGUAUGGGAUUGUGUUAUACCAGAAUUAUAAAGUUCCUCAACAAAGAAAAACCUUACUUUCACACUUUUCGGCUCCUGUGAGGAGUGUAUCUGAAAACUCGCUCGUGGCGAUGGACUUCUCAGGGAGAAUAGGACGGGUGAUUGACAACCCACUGGAGGCUCAGAGUGCUGCCAUGGAGGAGGGACUCGUGUGGCGGAAGAGAACAAGAGUGAACUUAUUAGGAUCUCACAGCCCCUUACACCACUCAUCACUGAGCUCAGUCAUUCACAUAGCUCAGCUGUGGUUCUACGGCAGAAUAACCAGAGAGGAAUCCCAUCGCCGCAUCCACCAGCAGGGACAGGUGGAUGGGUUGUUUCUGCUGAGAGUAAGUCAGAGCAACCCCAAGGCGUACGUUCUCACGUUGUGCCAUCACCAGAAAAUCAAACAUUUUCAGAUACUACCGUGUGAAGAGGACGGCCAAGUCUUCUUCAGCCUGGACGAUGGCGUAACCAAAUUCACGGACCUGAUCCAGCUGGUGGAGUUCUACCAGCUGAACAGAGGAGUCCUGCCUUGUAAACUCAAACACCCAUGCACCGUUGUGGCCUUAUGACCCCCCGUCUCCUCCUCGACCCUUGACCUGACUCUGCCUGAAACUCAUAAAACAGGAGAAGCUUCCCGUUUGUUUCCAAGAAGCUGAUGAAUCGACUUCGUAGUCGUUUUUUAAAAAUAUCCCGAGUCUUUUGGAGACUGCUGACCGGUUGGAGGUCUGAGGGAACUGAUGCUUCGUCAGCUCCAGAGAAGAGAAAUGACAUGAACACUGCCACACGUGUCUGAACGCUGUUGCAAUUCCUUCCAUGAUCGUCCUUUACCGAUAAGCAUGAUGGGACCUCGCGGGUUUAUACCUCACAGCCUUCAUUCUUCCUCAAGUGGACAAUCAGCUUUCAUGUGGACCACUCUGAUACAAACUGAAUCUCAUUGGAACCGUUGAUCACAGAUUAAA